GCAUCCAUCAAGAGGCAAAUAUGCGUGCUGUUGAGCUCUUCUGCCUGACCUUUUGGUGUCUUUGCGCCCUGUCGUGGGCACGCCAGCCAUGUCAGGCACCCCCUAUGACAAGUGGAGAGCUAAGUGUGACUGGCUUAGGCAGUGCAAGCAGUAUUUCUGGAGACUUCAGUUAUGACUCUCAAGGAAAAAAGUUUCGUUUUGUGGAGAAGUGGUCCUCAAAUAAUGCCUCUCAUGAAAAAGCGGACUGGCUCCUGUUUUUUGAGGAGGGUGUUUUCUAUAAGAUAGACAGUGAAAACCAGGGCUGUAAGAAAAUGGUGCUCCACUCACGUAAACACCCCAUGGAGCUGCCCCCUGAUGCCAACCAUCUGGCCGAGAUGUAUGUGGGCAGCCAGUCCAUCCCAGAGCAGGGCCUUCGGCUGCGGAUAUGGCUGGGAAAGUUUCCAGAGCUUAAUGUCAAUUAUGCCAUCUCUACCACUUCUUGCGGAUGUCUGACUGCGAGCGGCAUACUCUACAUUGAAAAGACAGCUCUUAUACUGAGUUUCCUGAACGUUGAGACUGAAGUGAAAGACCCUCAUGUCUUUGUCCCUCCAUCUUACUGUGAUGGUGUGGCUUUGGAGGACUCCGGAGAUGAGAAGAAUAGCUUCUUCAGCCUUUUCGAGUAAAAUGGAGGGAGUCAAGAGCACCAUGAACAUGAAAUAAAUAAAAGCAUCAAAAACACAA